CAAGAAUUGCCAUUGUGUUUUUUUUUAACAGUGUAGCUGUGCGUAAAGCGUUCGGUAUAUAAAGACUUACAAAAAUCCAAAACUGAGUACAAUAUCGUUGAAGCUUUUAAACCUAACAGUUUAGCCCAAGAAAAUUUCCAACCAUCAUCAUGAAGACCUCUGUGGCUUGUUUGGUGCUUGUCGCCAUGUGCUUGGGCCUGGUUGCCUCCCAGAAAACCUAUACCAACAGAUUCGAUAACGUCGAUGUGGACAGUGUUUUGCGCAACGAUCGCAUCUUGACCAAUUACAUCAAGUGUCUGAUGGAUAAGGGUUCCUGCACGCCCGAGGGACGGGAACUGAAAAAACUCUUGCCCGAUGCCCUGCAGAGCGACUGCAGCAAAUGUACCGAUGUCCAAAGGAGAAAUUCCCAAAAGGUGAUUACCUUCUUGCGCACCAGACGUCCAGGAGAGUGGAAAUUGUUGUUGGACAAAUAUGAUCCCAAUGGCAACUACAGGGCCAGACAUAAUCUCUAAAUACCCAAUUCCAUGAUUUUAAACCCACCCCAAUCCUGCCUGAAUGAAAUCUUCAUACAUUGGAACCAUCAACCCAACCACCCCACCACCUAAUGAGAAUUUACAAAAAAAAUUGAUUUUUUUCCAAACAGAGAUUUUAUUCAACAAUGAAUAUCCCUCACCCAUACCCACACACACAUACAUAUAUACAAAUAUAUUUAUAUGGUAUUUUAUUAUUUUAAAAAAUUUAUAUAUAUAUAAUUUUUUUAAUUAAAUAAAAAUUAAAUUUUUU